AUGAAAAUUUCUUUAAAGGUACUCCCCGCUCUGACAGGACUUUUAUCCUCCUCGUGCUGUAUUAUUCAAUUGGUGCUCAAUUUUUUUUCGAUCUCUUGUGCCGGUUUUGCGGUGUUGACACCGUACAGACAUGUUCUUAGCAGCAUCACGGUCCUUUUGCUAAGUUACAAUAUGUAUAACAAUGGAUUGAAGAACCGCCAAGCUCUCUUUUCCCUGUUAUUUUCAGUGGCUUUUAUGAUCAGUCCCGAGGUAGUCAAGAUAGUGAAUCAUCUGCCAGCAAGAAUUAAUGGCAGUAAAGGCACAGUUUAUUAUAGAUUUCAUUUGGACGGUUUAGGGUGUGAAGCAUGUGCAAACCGAAUCAAAAAUACAUUAAAUCAAAUCGACUGGAUUUACGACACGCGUGUAUUCUUUGACAAUCAAACAGCUAUUGUUCAAACGAUCGCCCAAAAAGAUAUAGAACAAUUAGUUAUAGAAAAAAUCAAAUCUAUUGAUUUUAAAUAUGAUGCCCAGGUACUUGAUUCAUGGGUAGGCUACACUAAAUAAAUUUUAUAGUGUAACCUUGAUAGUUUUUUAAUAAACCCACUGGAUAGCACAAAA